UCAUGUUGCGACAGCCAUUCUUUCCAGUCGGUGGAGAGUCAGGAGACGAACAAACCUGGCGGUUGCUGAAGAGGCUGUGAACGGCGAAUCAUCCACAACUGGCACGCUGUUUGCUCUCAGUGGAUGUGUUUUCCCUCCUGUAAUGGUCGGCGGCCAUCGUAUCUCGCCCAGGACAGAAACGGAGCCAAGGGGUCGACCAACACUCUGGUGAAUCUGACAGAGCAGCUAACGUUAGCGGCGUCCCACUAGCCAGCUAACAUUACACGAACUUGGCUUGCAGUGUUGCCUUGUAGAGGCUAGUUAGCUGAUCUUGCUAACUUGCUAGCCCCUGUUAGUUAGAUGCAAACACUGAUUGCUGCUGCUGCUGGUGGGAAACCAAGAAGCGAAAGAAGGAGCCUUUUAACCUCAUUGGACCCUGUGUAGCUUUAGCUUCAAGCUCCAGAGGAUAUCUCGCUUUGGAUACACGACCUGUGGGAAUCACCGGAGAGGCCUGUUGUCUUUGUUCACCCCAACACUUCUGAGCCUCCCACCUUCCACCUUCGCUGCCCCUGGCUCAGUCGGUGGCUCAGCAUCACUUCAAAGAGGAAGGUCUGCGGAGCUGCAGAUAACACUCUGUUCCCCCAAGCACCAGCAGGCUUUUUCCAGAGCCCCUACGCAGUCCCUCGACUGACAGAAAGAAUCAACCCUUAGAGCGGGACCUGGAGUGGAGAAGACCAAUUGUGGCCUGAACAAAGACAGCCAGAGAGAACUAAUGCCAAGCCCUUCUCCUCCUCAGACAGCCUAGCGAAGGUCCAGGAGGUAGCAAGCUGGCUUUUGGAAAUGAACCAGGAUCUGCUGUCGGGGGGCAGCAGCAGCAGGCGGAGUCGAGGGCCGGGGGGUCCGGCAGUGCGAGGUAACGCCUCCUCCACCGCCCGGGCACCUCAGCAGGCGGCAGAGGAGGGUGAUGAGGAUGAGCACAUGAACCGGGUAGUCGAGGAGGAAGGGCAGCUGCAGCAAAGGCCUGAGGCAUCGCAGGUUGACGGCGAGAGAGAACCACCUUGGGCGGCAAGCGAGUCAGGAGCCAGCAACGGCCCUCGGGGAGACGAGGACGUGGAAGAAGAUGAAGAGGGCCCUCCCAACGAAGUGAACGGAGGUGAGAAAGGAGCCCGAUGGAUGUGGGGGGCAGAGCAGCGGCGGCUGCGAGGCCAGCCGCUGGGCGAGGAGGACGAGGAGGAGGAGGAAGAGGAGGAGAACAACAACAGCAGCAGUCAACAAGAGGAGGAGGACACGGAGGAGAGGACAGAGGGAGGGGAGGAGCCGGGGAGGGAGGAAGAGGAGAGGGAAGAGGGCGAGGAGGAAGAGGAGGAGGAUGAGGACGAGGAGGAGAUGGACCAAGACAGCGAUGACUUUGAGCAUUCGGCGGAGAGUGGGAGGGAGGAGGAGGAGGAGGAGGAAGGAGAAGGGGAGGAAGGGCUGCGGUCUCCCUCUCUCAGGAACAAUGUGUCUGCCCCCAAUAACAACCUGGACUCUGGUUGUACACACCAAAGCUCUUCCAACAAGAAGAUGAAGAGGAAGUUGGACCAUGGCCCCGAGGUCCGAUCUUUCCCUUCAGGCAAAAAGCCCUGCAAAGGCCCAGAAUAUCCAAGCCCGACAGGAAUCGUCCCAUGUCCAGCCACACCCACCACAUUUGGCCACAUCAGAACAGCCAAUGGUCAGGGGCAGCAGAGACGGCGCAUCACCUCAAUCCAGCCACCCACGGGUCUCCAAGAAUGGCUCCGAACAUUUCAGAGCUGGACCGGCCCAGAGAAGCUGCUGGCGCUGGAUGAGUUGAUUGACAGCUGUGAACCCACACAAGUCAAGCAUAUGAUGCAGGUGAUAGAGCCGCAGUUUCAGCGAGACUUCAUCUCCCUGCUGCCCAAAGAGCUGGCUUUGUAUGUGCUGUCAUUCCUGGAACCGAAGGACCUCCUCCAAGCGGCCCAGACGUGUCGCUACUGGCGCAUCCUGGCAGAAGACAACCUGCUGUGGAGGGAGAAAUGCAGGGAAGAAGGCAUCGAUGAGCCUCUGCCCCUCAAGAAGAGGAAAAUCGUCAAGCCCGGGUUCACUCACAGCCCUUGGAAGAGUGCCUACAUCAGGCAGCACAGAAUAGACACCAACUGGCGGAGAGGGGACCUAAAAUCACCCAAGGUGCUGAAAGGUCAUGACGACCACGUGAUCACCUGCCUCCAGUUCUGUGGCAACCGCAUCGUCAGCGGCUCUGACGACAACACGCUGAAAGUCUGGUCGGCCAUCACAGGAAAGUGUCUGCGCACGUUGGUGGGCCACACAGGCGGCGUGUGGUCAUCCCAGAUGAGAGACAACAUUAUUAUCAGCGGCUCCACUGAUCGCACACUCAAGGUCUGGAACGCAGAGACAGGAGAAUGUAUCCACACCCUUUACGGGCAUACCUCAACAGUGCGCUGCAUGCACCUACAUGAGAAAAGGGUGGUCAGUGGCUCCCGUGACGCCACGCUGCGCGUCUGGGACAUCGAGACAGGUCAGUGUUUACACGUCCUCAUGGGCCACGUGGCGGCAGUGCGCUGCGUCCAGUAUGACGGGCGGCGGGUGGUCAGCGGUGCCUACGACUUCAUGGUCAAAGUGUGGGACCCCGAGACGGAAACCUGCCUCCACACGCUGCAGGGCCACACCAACAGAGUGUACUCGUUACAGUUCGAUGGGAUCCACGUGGUGAGCGGCUCAUUGGACACGUCUAUAAGGGUCUGGGACGUGGAGACGGGAAACUGCAUCCACACGUUAACAGGGCAUCAGUCCCUCACCAGCGGCAUGGAGCUCAAAGACAACAUCCUGGUCUCAGGCAACGCAGACUCCACUGUCAAGAUCUGGGACAUCAAGACAGGCCAGUGCCUGCAAACACUGCAAGGUCCCCACAAGCACCAGAGCGCCGUGACGUGCCUCCAGUUCAACAAGAACUUUGUCAUCACCAGCUCGGACGAUGGCACGGUCAAACUGUGGGACCUGAAGACGGGCGAGUUCAUCCGAAACCUGGUGACUCUGGAGAGCGGCGGCAGCGGCGGUGUGGUGUGGCGCAUCCGCGCCUCCAACACCAAGCUGGUGUGCGCGGUGGGCAGCCGCAACGGCACAGAGGAGACCAAGCUGCUGGUGCUGGACUUUGACGUGGACAUGAAGUGAGGAGGGACGGUGGUCGGUAAGAGAAGAGAGCGAACCACGGAGAGGAAGGAAAUCGAGAGGGAAUGGGAGAUGAGGCACCUAGACACCCGGAGGGCCCGCAGCCCGGAACUCUUCACCCAAACUCUACAAAAUCUACAACCACCACCACCAACAGUGGGCCGUCCUGUCCUCUAGCAUCAGCUUCCCCCCGUCACCCCCCCUUUGGGCAAAUGUUACCGACGGAGCCACAGACCCUCACGUGUUCAGCCCUCUGCUUUUGAAUCCCCGCCGCCCCCCACCACCACCACCACCAGUACGAGGUGGAGCUGGAGGGGAUCGGGCUGGAAACGAGGCAGGGGAGAGGAGGGCACGACCGGUCUGUCCCCCGAUUGGCUGGGAAGAAAACAAAAAAGAGGAAGACAAGGAAUGACGACUGAACUCUUGAAGCGACUCUCAACCCUUUUCGGUUUCGGGGUCAGCUUCGCACAGAGACUUGGUUUCGCUCAAGCCUGACAGAUUUUGAGAUGUACAGAGAUAUAUUAUUUUUUAAAGAACCCCCACCUCCACACACAAACCCCCCCCCACCCCACACCCCCACCCCGCCUACCAUCAGUGCGCGCCCAUACACACAUACACUCAAAACGGCCAACCGUCAAGAUCGAGGGAGGUGGUAGACGUUUUUAAAAGCUAAAUUUUCCACACACAGCUACACCUAAAGAGCUGCUCGAUGUAGAGGAGAGAAAGCGACUGGAGGGUUCAGCCUGUAAUCAGGCUCGUUUCUUGUCACUCCAUUUCCGUUCUUUAUUGUUCUCCACUCGGUUUCAGUAGUUUGAUUUCUUUACAAUAUCGCACACAAACACAACUGUGAAUUUCAAUACGUUUAUUUUUUGGUUUAUCAUAUGAAAGGGGUUUCUCUUUUUUGUUUUGGUUUGUUUGUUUUUUUGUCUUUCCUCGCGGUUGCCAACAGCAACAAAUCCCAGUAUUAGAAAGCUGCUCUGUUUAGGUUUGCUGUCAUUAUGUCACAAGGGUUUUUUUUUUUCUUUCUUUCUUUCUUUCUUCUUCUUCUUUUCGUCGUUCUAUUUGAGUUGUUUGUUCUUCCUUUCUGUUCUCUACAUACCUGUGUUUGGAGCUCCGUCUCCACACACACACAAAAAAAGAAGAAAAAAAAAAAAAAAUCAAUGCUGUCCAGAAUUUUUCAGAGUCUAGCUGGGGUGGUUCCCUCAAUGCCGGCGCUGUGACGAGUGAAAGUAAAGGUUCUUUGCUCUAAGCGCUGUGGAUUAACGCCCCUGAACCCCCCCCCCCCCCCUCCCUCCCCUUCCACCCUCACCCGGCCCUUUCCCCCUCUACUGUUUUCCCCCAGUGGCCAAACUGUAUUUAUGCUGCUAGAUGAAUGGAAAAAAGAGAGAGGGAACUUUUACUUGCUGCGACGUUUUAGUCCCAGGCAAAAUUCCAAAUUGAACUCUAUAUGUUUGGACUUAAAGAAACAACAGAUGAAAAAAAAAAAAAAAAAGAAGAUAACAUCCGACAUUUUUGUUUUUAUUUUUGUUAGUUUUUUUUCUGCCACUGAAACUUGAGCCAAACGUGCCUCUACGAGGCUGAGAGGAGGGAGCGUGUCCGACAGAUACUGACGGGAUCGCCUGCAGAGAGGAAAACAAGGGGAUGUACACUGUUGGCGUGCGUGUGUGUGUGUGUGCGUGUGUGUGUGCGUGUGUUAGCGUGUUAAUGGGCAACUUGUAAACACAUUCCUUGGGACAACGCUCUUUCAGCCUGUUCUAUGGGGAAAUGUACAAAUGCUGUGUGGACUGGCAAAGGAAAAAAACAAAACAACAAAAAACUAGCAGAUGUAUUGGUUUUUAACACGUGAAUGAGAGAAACUGUCCGUAUCCGUGUGUGAUUGUUGUUCCAUUCAAAGACGUCUGAAGCAACAGAGGAGACCAUCACAAGCAUCAACUGACUGACAGGUCGAGCUGCCAGGAGUCUUAGUGUUACAUGUGGGCGGCGGUCGCUCGUCGGGCGGCGGUCGCAGACUCGUGGAUCGUCGGCCGGGAGGAAAAAUAAAAACACAAAGGCAACAAAAAAAAAAAAAAAAAAACGUGAACAGAAACGUUGUAGCCAAAACGAAAAAUCGUCUCAAUCUCCAAGAGUCACAACUCAAGCUGAACUGUGAAAGUGGUAUAACACUGUAUAUUAAAAAAAAAAGGAAAAAAAAAAAAAAGAAAACAAUCUCGCUCUAUCUCCUCUCGUUGUUUUCUCCCUCUGUUUUAAUUUAUGAUCUGGUUUGAGAAAUCAGAUUUGUUGCAGGUGUUUUAUUUUUUCAGUUCAUGUAAACUGCCUGGCAAAAAAGAAAAACAGACAGAAAAAACCUUAAAGGGAUUGUGUAUUUGUUUGAUUCACUUAGAAUUUUAUUUUCUUAUAACUUAAGUGCAAUAAAAUGUGGGUUUUUCUUUUUUCAUUUCAAGCAUAUCAGUUGUCUGUUUUUGUUACCUGUGUGAAGGCAUCUUAUAUGUUCAAUAAAGCAAAUUAUUUGGUUAAUAACA